AUGACUUCUACAACGUAUUCUUCUCAAACUUCUCUGGUCAAAAUGUUAGCCUCUCCACCGAAGAUAUCCCUACCAAUGCUUGGAACAAAUAGCGAAGAGAUUGAAGUUGUCGAUUUUGAUCUUUGGGUUGACUUGUCAAAACGAGCGGAAAUCGAAUUUGGGGAAUUCAUAACAACGAACUCAAGUAAGAGUGACUCUUGGAACUACCACAUUAGUGAGCCAAGUGGCAGUUUUAAGACGAUAUCGCCUGGCUGGCCAAAUGACUGGUUUGGUGGUGGUAAUAGCCACACGGCGAGGCUAGCACAUCAGAUUGCAUAUGGCGGGUGUAUCAAGGUUGAAAUCGACUCUCCACCCACGGAGUAUAUUUUGCCCAAGGAGGAUAUUGCGGUGUUUUGGGUGGAAUGGAGCCUUAGGCUGUUAACUUCGGAGAAAUCAUGGGGCUAG